UUAAACGAGCAAUCAAGGUGACUGAAGGAAUGUGGCGUAGAAGCCGUGCCUGGAGCUCACCUGGCAACGCUUGCCAAGCAUUUGGACCUUUCUGUACGGUCAUGUGGACCCCACAGCUGUUCCUGACACUGCUUGUGGGAGCAGCAGCAGUGACUGCCUUCAGCCGAGCUCCAGUUCCAAUGGCUGUGGUCAGGAGGGAGUUGUCUUGUGAAAGUUACCCAAUUGAGCUCCGUUGUCCGGGAACUGACGUCAUUAUGAUCGAAAGUGCCAAUUACGGACGGACAGAUGACAAAAUCUGCGAUGCUGACCCAGCCCAGAUGGAGAACAUUCGGUGUUAUCUGCCAGACGCCUAUAAGAUAAUGUCACAGAGGUGCAAUAAUCGCACCCAGUGUGCAGUUGUGGCCGGACCAGAUGCCUUUCCAGAUCCCUGCCCAGGAACCUACAAGUAUCUGGAAGUUCAGUAUGAAUGCGUUCCAUACAUAUUCUUAUGUCCUGGGACACUUAAGGCAGUUUAUCAGAUGGACCACUUGUUUGAGUCUGAUCACCAGUCAGGAGCCUGGUGCAAAGACCCACUCCAAGCUUCAGACAAGGUCUACUACAUGCCUUGGACACCGUAUAGAACAGAUACGCUAACUGAAUAUUCCUCAAUGGAGGAUUUUAUUGCCGGACGUCCGACCAUCACCUACAAACUUCCACACCGGGUGGAUGGAACCGGGUUCGUAGUGUAUGACGGUGCUUUGUUCUUCAACAAGGAGCGCACAAGAAAUAUCGUCAAGUUUGAUCUUAGGACUAGGAUUAAGAGUGGCGAGGCUAUCAUAGCCAACGCCAAUUACCACGACACAUCCCCAUACCGCUGGGGCGGGAAGUCUGACAUCGACCUCGCGGUGGAUGAAAAUGGUUUGUGGGUCAUUUAUGCGACGGAGCAGAACAAUGGCAAAAUCGUGAUUAGUCAGUUAAAUCCCUACACUUUGAGAAUCGAGGGCACUUGGAAUACAGCUUACGACAAGAGGUCAGCUUCAAAUGCUUUCAUGAUCUGCGGUAUUUUGUAUGUGGUGAAAUCAGUGUAUGAAGAUGAUGACAACGAGGCCACUGGGAACAAGAUAGACUACGUCUACAACACUGAUCUAAGCAAGGAUGGGCUUGUGGACAUCUCCUUUCCCAAUUCCUACCAGUACAUUGCAGCAGUGGAUUACAACCCCCGAGACCACAAACUCUACGUCUGGAAUAAUUUCCAUGUCCUGAAGUAUUCGCUUUUGUUUGGUUUGCUGAACGCCAAAACAGAAUCCACGUCAUCGUCGGUGGUGCCGAAGACCACGAGAAGCCCCCUAAUACACACCACAACUACCACCACAACCACCACCAAGUCUGGGAGAAAAGGAACAAUGGCUUCCCCGCCAGACAAGCCUCAGUUAGUUGGUGGGACCACUGCCAAACCACCAACACCAUCGCAGGUCCCUGUUGCGGUACCAGAGUGCUGUGAAGCCACAGAGACACGGGACAUCUUAUGGCCUAAAACCCAACCGGGCGAGGUGGCAAAGCAGCCCUGCCCGAAGGGGACAAUCGGUGUAGCUACCUAUGCCUGCUUGUCAUCUAACGGAUUCUGGGACCCACAGGGACCGGAUCUUAGUAACUGCACCUCUCCAUGGGUGAGCCAGCUCUCUCACAGGAUCCGAUCUGGAGAAUCUGCUGCAAAUCUUGCUCGGGAGCUGGCUGAGCAAACAAGACGACUGAUUCACGCUGGAGACAUUUUGUUCUCUGUAAAGUUCAUGGAACAGCUUGUAGAUUUGCUGAAUAUGCAGCUCAUUAGCUUGACUCCAGGAGGGAAGGACAGCGCUGCUCGGAGCCUGAACAAGCUUCAGAAAAGAGAGCACUCUUGCAGGGCAUACAUUCAGGCGAUGGUGGAGACAGUGAACAACCUUCUGCAGCCACAAGCCCUGGACGCAUGGCAGGACCUGAUGACAAAUGACCAACUGCGGGCAGCCACAAUGUUGCUUCAUACGGUGGAGCAGGGCGCCUUUGUCCUGGCUGACAAUCUGCUCAAAACAGACAUCGUCCGAGAAAACAACGAGAACAUAUUGCUGGAGGUUGCCCGCUUGAGUACAGAUGGAACAUUAGAAGACCUGAAGUUUCCACAGAGUGGAAUAAAUGAGAACUCGAUAACGCUUUCGGCAAGCACCCUGAAACGGUAUGGCCGCAAUGGUGAGAUAAGAGUUGCCUUCGUCCUCUACAACAAUCUGGGCACCUAUCUCUCCACUGAGAAUGCCAGCUUCAAGCUGGGAAGUGAGGCCAUGUCCACCAAUCACACUCUUAUAGUCAAUUCCCAAGUUGUCAGUGCAGCAAUCAACAAAGAAAGCAAUCGAAUCUACUUGAAUGAUCCUGUGGUUUUUACCUUAAAACAUGCUGACCUCAAGAAUAACUUCAACCCAAACUGUUCCUUCUGGAGCUACUCAAAGCACACAAUGACGGGAUACUGGUCCACACAGGGCUGCCGAAAGCUAGGCAGCAAUAAGACACACACUACCUGCUCCUGCAAUCAUCUCACCAACUUUGCCGUCCUCAUGGCCCACAAAGAUGUGAAGCUUAGUGACCCUGUCCAUGAGCUGCUGUUGGAGGUUAUUACCUGGGUCGGGAUCCUGAUAUCACUUGUCUGCCUGCUGAUCUGCAUCUUCACUUUUUGUUUCUUUCACGGACUUCAAAGUGAUCGAAACACCAUCCACAAAAACCUUUGUAUCAGCCUUUUUGUGGCCGAGUUGCUUUUCCUAAUUGGGAUCAACCUUACAGAUCAACCGAUUGCUUGUGCAGUCUUUGCUGCUCUGCUUCACUUCUUCUUCCUCGCUGCCUUCACAUGGAUGUUCCUGGAGGGUGUUCAGCUCUACAUUAUGCUAGUAGAAGUCUUUGAAAGUGAGCACUCCCGCAGAAAGUACUUCUAUCUUGUAGGAUAUGGAGUACCUGCACUUAUUGUCGCUGUCUCAGCAGCCGUGGACUACCGGAGCUAUGGGACAACAACAGCAUGUUGGUUGAGGCGAGACACCUACUUCAUUUGGAGCUUUAUAGGCCCCGCGACCUUGAUUAUUAUGUUGAAUGUAAUAUUUCUUGGGAUAGCUCUUUACAAAAUGUUCCAUCAUACAACUGUACUGAAGCCAGAAUCCAGCUGUUUGGAUAAUAUCAAGUCAUGGGUCAUAGGGGCGAUAGCACUCCUUUGCCUCCUUGGACUAACUUGGGCUUUUGGACUUAUGUUCAUUAACGACAGCACAGUUAUCAUGGCAUAUCUCUUCACCAUUUUCAACUCGCUGCAGGGAAUGUUCAUAUUCAUUUUCCACUGUGUCCUCCAAAAGAAGGUGAGGAAAGAAUAUGGCAGGUGUUUCCGCACACACUGCUGCAGCAGGAGGAGCACGGACAGCUCCCUUGGAUCAGCAAAGACAUCCAGUGCUCGAACUCCAGGACGCUAUUCCACAGGUUCUCAAAGCCGAAUUCGAAGGAUGUGGAAUGACACAGUUCGAAAGCAAUCUGAGUCAUCCUUUAUCACUGGCGAUAUCAACAGCUCAGCAUCACUUAACAGAGAGGUGUUGCUGAACAAUGCCAGGGAUACAAGUGUCAUGGAUACUCUACCACUGAAUGGUAACCAUGGCAACAGCUACAGCAUCGCCAGCGGAGAAUACCUGGGUGACUGCGUACAAAUCAUCGACCGUGGGUACAACCACAGCGAAACCGUAUUAGAGAAAAAGAUCCUGAAAGAACUCACGUCCAACUAUAUCCCGUCUUACCUGAACAACCACGAGUGCUCCAGCGAACAAAACAGGAACCUCAUGAACAAGCUGAACAACAUCGCGAGCAGCAUUGAGGACGACGCCAUUGUCCUCGACGACGCCACUUCAUUCAACCACGAUGAAAGCCUGGGCCUGGAGCUCAUACGAGAGGAGUCCAAUGCCCCUUUGUUACCGCAGAGAGCACACUCGGUCGAGAACCAUCAGCCCCAUCACUACCCCAGCAACAGAAGACGGAUCCCUGAAGAUCACAGCGAGAGCUUUUUUCCUUUGCUUACCAACGAGCACACAGAGGAACUGCAGUCACCAAACAGGGAUUCUCUGUAUACCAGCAUGCCCGCUUUGGCAGGCAUGCCCAUAACGGACGGUGGUACUUCUCAGACCCAAAGCGCUCCAGCACCAGCUAAAAGCAGUGACGGCGAUGAUGUGUAUUAUAAAAGUAUGCCGAAUCUGGGCUCCAGGAACCAUGUGCAGCAACUGCACACUUACUACCAGCUCGGGCGUGGAAGCAGCGAUGGCUUUAUAGUUCCUCCCAAUAAGGAAGGCUCAUCAUCUGAAGGGGAUUCAAAAGGACCAUCACAUUUGGUCACCAGUCUAUAGGGGCAAAGACUAAUAACCCCAGAUACCUUGGUCUGGUUUCUACAAGCAAACAAAGGAAGACGUGUGUGUGUGCUUGACCCUAAAUGCUGUUCAUAAAACUGCGGAACUACUUAAAGACGUUUUUAUUCAGAUCAACUUAGCAAGGCACUGCGUGGGAAGCAGCUGAUAAGGGAAUAGUCUGUUUUAAGGCAAAAAAAGGAGUCAAACUUACUGAACUGUUUGUGAAUGGGUUGGACAUAUAUAUAUAUAUAUGGAAUUCAGUUUUGCUUCCUUCAGUAAUGCUCAAUUUUUAGCUUUUUUUCCUGGUGUCUAUUUUCUCAAGGAUGUUUAACAGAGGCUUGGCGUAGGUCAGCACCACUUGUAACGGUGUAAGGGUAUCAAUAGCUUUCUUUUUUUUAUUAUUAUUUUAUUAUCAUUGUAUAUCAGUCCUGGCUUUAUCUCACACCUAGAUUCAUCUUGCAGUUCAUCUUAGCUGCAGAAUUCUUCUGGUUCCUAUGGUUUACAUGAACAUGUCCAAUAUCAGAAAGGGAACCAUUAAAAUGAUAUGCUAGUUGCAUAUUUUAUGUUUUUGCUCUAAUAAUUCUCAUUAUAAAACUAAUGACCGAGAAAUUUUGAAACAAUUUCUGUGUACAGAUACUUGCAUUGCACAUAUAUUGUAGUAUGCUUUUUUCCUUCCAAACUUUUGUCCCUGUUGAUGUAGUGAACAAGACAGUUUUUGUUGUGUUGGUCUUGCAAGUUUUGUCUUGCUUGGUAGGAGCAAUGUUUUUUCAUGAAGUCUUUCUGUUGGGCAUUUUCCCCUAACAGUUCCUUAGAAGACCACAAUUUAUAAAAGCUCAUUUUCUAGUGAGGUGAUCACAAUAGUUCAAAAAUCGGAAAAAAAACUGUUUUAGGUUUUUCUCACUGUGUAUUUUGAAGUGGAGUCAUGUUUUGCCAACAACAAAAAAAAUCAAAAUUAGGAUUUACAGCAGGUACAUUUUUGUUUAAAAUGCACUAUGUUAUUCAUAAAUGUGUUCAGCAAUGGAAGUCCACAAAGGGAGCUAGGCACUCUUCUAGAAACCAAGGAGUCUUGGUAGAAAAUAGUGGAACUCGUGCAUGUGGGGGGAAAAAAGUAGAAACAUUUUUAUGUUAAAUCUAGUCAAAGCACUAGGCACUUGUACCGUGGUGGUUUAAAAAAAAUUGACUUAUUAAAAUGAAAGUUAUUUUGAAGUGAAAA